ACCUGGAAAUUUGUGCCCGAUUCGAGAUUUCAGGAAGUGGCGGAGCUCAGAACAACACAUUGGCUGGAGAUCGAAGGCCGAAUGCCCACCGCAAUGCUAUCCCAAAACACUCUCUAUGAAGCCUAUCUCAUCAUGAAAAUCUCUCACCGUGCAUACGGGCUAGAUGUGAUGCCAUCACAAGCAUCAAUCGAGUUGAAAAACCAGGUAGUGUUCACAAGCACAGCAAUUCUGCAGCAAGGCCAUCAAGAAAGCAGAAACAAGCAAGAACCGGGGGUUGAAGGUGAAGAGAAAGUCCCGAUGGAAAGAGAAGAUGGGUGGAUGGAGGUUGAGCUUGGAGAGUUCUUCAAUGGCGGAUAUGGCGGAGAUCAUCAUGAGGUGGUGAAGGUGAGCUUCAAGGAGGUGAAGGGUUAUCAACUGAAGGGAGGGCUUGUCAUUGAAGGCCUUGAAGUGAGGCCUAAAAGAAUUGUGUGAAAAGAUCAUCGAUAAUUGCAAGGAUCAUUAGGGUUCUUGUUUAUUGUAAAUCUGGUAUUCUUUUUAAAAAAAAAUUCUAGGCGUCUUAUUGUUCAUUUCUCACGGAAAUUAAAUGGGGAAAGUUGUCUUAAAAUCCUAGACCAA